AUGCAUGGCUGCCUGGAAGCUCCCGCCUCGUGUUCGGGUCUGUCUGGAAGCUCCUUCUUAGCCCCUUUUAUGGACCACUUGCGAGGUCCCUUCAAAUCCCGCAUCCUUCUUCUUUUCUUCCUUCCUUCCUUCCUUCUUUUCUUUCUUCCUUCCCUCCCUCCUUCCUUCCUUCUUUUCUUUCUUCCUUCCCUCCUUCCUUCCUUCCUUCCUUCCUUCCUUUCUUCCUUCCUUCUUUUCUUCCUUCCUUCUUUUCUUCCUUCCUUCUUUUCUUCCUUCCUUCUUUUCUUUCUUCUUUUCUUUCUUCUUUUCUUUUCUUUCUUCUUUUCUUUUCUUUCUUCUUUUCUUUUCUUUCUUCUUUUCUUUUCUUCCUUCUUUUCUUUUCUUCCUUUUCUUUCUUUUCUUCCUUUUCUUUCUUUUCUUCCUUUUCUUUCUUUUCUUCCUUUUCUUUCUUUUCUUCCUUUUCUUUCUUUUCUUCCUUUUCUUUCUUUUCUUUCUUUUCUUCCUUUUCUUUCUUUUCUUCCUUUUCUUCCUUUUCUUUCUUUUCUUCCUUUUCUUCCUUUUCUUUCUUUUCUUCCUUUUCUUCCUUUUCUUUCUUUCCUUCCUUUCUUCUUUUCUUUCUUUCCUUCCUUUCUUCUUUUCUUUCUUUCCUUCCUUUCUUCUUUUCUUUCUUUCCUUCCUUCCUUCCUUCUUUUCUUUCUUUCCUUCCUUCCUUCUUUUCUUUCUUUCCUUCCUUCCUUCUUUUCUUUCUUUCCUUCCUUUCUUCUCUUUUCUUUUCUUCCUUCUUUUCUUUUCUUUCUUUUCUUUUCUUCCUUUUCUUUUCUUUCUUCCUUCUUUUCUUUCUUCCUUCUUUUCUUUCUUCCUUCUUUUCUUUCUUCCUUCUUUUCUUUCUUUCUUCCUUCUUUUCUUUCUUUCUUCCUUCUUUUCUUUCUUUCUUCCUUCUUUUCUUUCUUUCUUUCUUCUUUUCUUUCUUUCUUUCCUCUUCUUUCUUCUCUCUUCUUUUCUUCUCUUCUUUCUUCUCUCUUCUUUUCUUCUCUUCUUUCUUCUCUCUUCUUUUCUUCUCUUCUUUCUUCUCUCUUCUUUUCUUCUCUUCUUUCUUCUCUCUUCUUUUCUUCUCUUCUUUUCUUUCUUCUGUUCUUCUCUUCUUUCUUCUUUUCUUUUCUUUCUUUUUAUGUGCCAUAUCCAUUCAGGUAUUUGAUCAAUGCCCCUCUGAAUGCCCUCGGAAUAUCAAAGAAUGAGAAAUGUACUUAUAAGGAUGCAAUGAAAGACCGGCGUCGAAUGAGGAAACAGGUUGGUUUGACCAAUCGUUGGCGGCUCCCUGAGCCUCUUGGCAGUGAUAUACUUGGAACAUCACAAGCAUUAAGGGCAGUCAUAACCCCGCUGAAUAUGACCAUGAAAAGAAUUAUAUCAGCAGAAAGUCCACACUUGUCUGUAAAUGUCGAUUCCAACAAACCUUAUUCAUUUCGCCAGAUGACAGAGCAACGCAUAUCAGCUCCCAAUUCAGCUGAAACAAGCAGGUCAAGAAAAGUUUCAAAAAACAGCCCAACUGCCCAAAAUUUAUUUUAUUAUUACACCAAAAAAGCUAAAACAAAAUGUGCUGAUCACAAAUGGACAAAUUAUGAUGUCAUUUUAAAAUGCCUGAACGUUACCUGGGAACUCCAUAGUCAAUUCAUCAUUAAAUCUCCAGUUUUGGCCAAACUUCUCGAGAUUUCAUCAAAUCUCCAAUCUCAAAAUCGUCAACUGAUUAAUUCUUCUUCCACAUCUCUGAAAAAGUCAGCCUCAAAAAUCAGGACCCAACAGAAUGGUCAGCAACAUGAUAGUCCACCAAAGGAAGAGAGGGUAAUCAGUGCUAAGGCAGAUCAAUAUACGGCUGUUGACAUUCGGCAACGGAUAUCUGCUUCCUCUGAUGAAAGCAUGUCCAACAUUUGGAGUCGCUCAUCUGUUUCUUUGACUGGGUCAACAUCAGUGGAAUCAUGCUGUGAGAAACUCACGGUUAUUCAGCUUGAUGUCACAGAUCCUAUGGUCACAAAGAAAGGAUUGGCAAUUGCAUUGGGCAACCUUUACUUUGAAGAAUUAAACAUUGUUCCUUUGGAUAUUCCACAUACUUUGGCAGCGGCACACAUUUUGGAAUCUGAAGAUUUGAAAGAGAGGUGUGCCGAAGCAAUGUGUAAUACGAUAUCCACUGAAACCAUUGCGUUCUUCCACAAAAUAUCAUUGCAGUACAAUUUGGAAGAAAUUUCGAUCUUCUGUGAACGUUGGUUGGAACUCAAUUUAAUUCCUGUCCUUUCCAAGGAAAUCCAGCUUGGUGAUGUAUCCCAAUCCCUGAUUGAAAAAACAGUUUCUUCCCGGAACCUCUUUACUGGAGAUGAGUUUGCUGUCUACCGGACACUUUGUUAUUGGCUCUUCCUACAUUUGAACCCAUGUUGUUAUUCACUCCCAUCCAUAAGUGCUAUCGUUGCUUACUUCAACUGUUUGUGUAAAAAAGUGUCUUUCUUGGAGACAGACGAGGGUGCACCAUUCAUUCAUUUAUUUUGGUCCAUCAGAUUCCAAGGAAUCACAGAUACCAACCACAUCCACAUGAUGAAAGUGAUGAAUCUCAUUCCACAGAGUUGGUUAGUGGAUGUUUUGUGCCAACAUUACAGUGCUGUAAGUAGUUCUAUCACAUCUGUCUUUUCAACUGAGGCUGGGUUUUGUUUUAACUUUCCACAUCUAAAUCAUUCACACAUCUAUCUUCUCUUAAUUCUGUCCCUCAACUGCAGUAGCCUCAUUGUUUUUGUAAUUGAUGCGGCCCUAGCAGAUCAUGACCACAAAUUUAGAAAAUUUCAUUUGGUAAAUUAUUUGAACAAGUGUCUUUGUCUUUGUUAUUGUCAUCAUUGUCUCACAGCAGAUAUGUUGUUAACUUGUAUUUUAUAG